AUGUCGGCCCAGUCCCUUCCUGCAGCAACACCCCCUACCCAGAAGCCCCCUCGGAUCAUCCGCCUCCGCCCUCCUUCUCGCCCCCGGGUGUCUGCCCAGGCACCAGGGCUUCCCCACAAUGGCUCUUCCCCACAAGAACCUCCCCCAACCUCCAAUGAUGCACCAACCCCGAUGUGCAUGCCCAUCUUCUGGGAGCCCCCAGCCACGUCCCUCAAGCCCCCUGCCCUUCUGCCCCCCUCAGCUUCUAAAGCCAGCCUCGACUCCCCAACUUCCCCAGGCUCAUCUUCUAGCACCCCCAGUCCAGUGUCCCAACGCUCUGUCUCCCCAGAGCCUGUUCCUCAGUCUCCGGUCCCCCCACCCAAGCCCUCUGGGUCACCUAGAACACCUCUGCCCCUGCUCCCUGCGGCCCAGGGCAUGGCCCAGGAUGGCUCCACCUUGGCCCCGGGCACUGGCACUGUGCGGAGGCUGGCUGGCAAAUUUGAGUGUGGAGCUGAAGGCAGGGCCCAGGCUGCUGAUGCCCUGGAGCUGGGCCCCCAAAGUGGAGUGGAUGUGAAUGGGGAGAGAGAGGCUCCCCAAGGCAUCCUCACUGGGAGUGGGUCCCAGGAGAACGGCCCUGUGGAUGCUGCCCUGGCCUGUCCUCCUGGCUGCCCCUGUGUCUGUCAUGUAGCCCGGCCUGGUCUGGAGCUCCGAUGGGUGCCUGUGCGAGGCUGUGAGGACGGCCCCCGGGUCCCCUGCCGGGCCUCCCCACUGCGGACCUCCCGCUCCCGCCCCAACCCUCCACACAGCAGUCACCCCCCAGUUGUCCUCACGUCCUACCGCUCCACUGCUGAGCGCAAACUCCUGCCACCCCUCAAGCCCCCCAAACCAGCUCGGGUCAGACAGAAUGCCACCAUCCCUGGGGAUCCCCCACAGCCAGAUCUCGAUCUGCCCUCCCAAGAUGGAAUCCAAACAGGGGACAGUCCUGAUGAAGCUCCUUGCAACAUUCCUCCAGCAAACAUGGAGGGCAGGGACCAGGAGGGUCUGGAGGGGCUGAAGGAGCAGAACUGGGAGCUGCCCCUGCAGCAUGAACCCCUGUACCAGACCUAUCGAGCGGCUGUGCUCUCAGAGGAGCUCUGGGGGGUUGGCGAGGAUGGGGGUCCCUCACCAGCGAAUCCUGGAGACGCUUCCACUUUAGCACGGCCUCCUGGACCUCGAAACACGCUGUGGCAGGAGCUUCCAGCUGUUCGGGCCAGCGGCCUCCUCGAGACCCUCAGCCCCCAGGAGAGGCGCAUGCAGGAGAGCCUAUUUGAGGUGGUGACGUCUGAGGCCUCCUACCUGCGCUCUCUGCGGCUGCUGACUGACACCUUUGUGCUCAGCCAGGCACUCCGGGACACGCUCACCCCCCGGGAUCACCACACCCUCUUCUCCAAUGUGCAGCGAGUGCAGGGAGUCAGCGAGCGGUUUCUAGGAACGUUGUUGUCCCGCGUGCGCUCUUCUCCUCACAUCGGUGACCUGUGUGAUGUGGUGCAUGCCCAUGCCGUGGGUCCUUUCUCAGUGUACGUGGAUUAUGUGCGGAACCAGCAGUAUCAGGAGGAGACCUACAGCCGCCUCAUGGACACGAACAUGCGCUUCUCCGCGGAGUUACGGCGGCUGCAGAGCCUCCCCAAGUGUGAGCGACUCCCGCUGCCGUCCUUCCUGCUGCUGCCCUUUCAGCGCAUCACCCGGCUCCGCAUGUUGCUGCAGAAUAUCCUGCACCAAACAGAGGAGGGGUCCAGCCGCCAGGAUAAUGCCCAGAAGGCCCUGAGUGCCGUCAGCAAGAUCAUUGAGCGUUGCAGCGCUGAGGUGGGGCGCAUGAAGCAGACUGAGGAGCUGAUCCGGCUCACCCAAAGGCUGCGCUUUCAUAAAGUCAAGGCCCUGCCCUUGGUCUCCUGGUCGAGGCGCCUGGAGCUGCAGGGGGAGCUGACAGAGCUGGGGUGCCGGAGGGGUGGCGUGCUCUUCCCUUCGCGCCCCCGCUUCACCCCCCUCUGCCUGCUGCUCUUCAGUGACCUGCUGCUCAUCACUCAGCCCAAGAGCGGGCAGCGGCUGCAGGUUCUGGACUAUGCCCAUCGCUCCCUGGUCCAAGCCCAGCAGGUUCCGGACCCAUCUGGACCCCCUACGUUCCGCCUCUCCCUUCUCAGCAACCACCAGGGCCGCCCCACCCACCGGCUACUCCAAGCUUCGUCCCUAUCAGACAUGCAGCGUUGGCUGGGAGCCUUCCCUACCCCAGGCCCCCUUCCCUGCUCCCCAGACACCAUCUAUGAGGACUGUGAAUGUUCCCAGGAACUGUGUUCAGAGCCUUCUACACCUUCCAAGACUGAGGGACAGAGUCUGGUGUCCAGGAAUCCCCCCAAGCACCUGCAUAAGAGCCCUGAAGGCUGGUUGAAGGGGGUCCCUGGGGCCUUCCCUGCCCAGUUGGUGUGUGAAGUCACAGGGGAACAUGAACGGAGGAAGCACCUUCGCCAGCACCAGAGGCUUCUUGAGGCUGUUGGGUCCUCUUCAGGCACCUCCAGUGCCCCCCCCACCCUAAUACGGGCUGGAGAGGGGGCACCAAUUGGGACAUCUGGCAGCAUGGCCCAUGGCCUGGCCUCCAGGACCCCUGCCAACAGAUCCCCCAACCUGAACUACAACCAGUCAGCCAGUCUCCCCCUCAGCCUUCAGAUCUGCUGUGGGUCCCAGGCUUGGGUGAAGAAACGGCAGCUGUGGAUCACAGGCCGGCUGGUGAACUUGCUGGGCUUUCUUGCCUGCACCUUGGUGCUCUCACAGAAACACUGGGCUAAGCUGUGGGGCAAGUACAGAGAGCUGGUGUUGCUGCCCAGCUCCAUCCAGCGCAUCUGCUUCCAGAUGAGAAAAUGCCCCCGCACGAUGCCAGAAGGAGAUGAAGGACAGAGACAGAGUGGAGUGGACAGUUGUUGGCGGGUGUGGGCCUAG